AACGCAUUUGUUUUCCAAAUAUCAGCACAAAUUGCCGCUCAUUACACCUACAAUUUUACCAGAACACAGCUGGGUAGGCAAACAGGACCAACACAACUCUCUGGAAUGCCACAGUAUAACUAUACAACUGAAUUAUUGCUUAUCUUCUUGCUUUGAUAGCAAUAUCAGGAACAAUUAAUAACGCAUAGUGCGUUUUCAAAUGUACAGCCACGACCUGGAUAUCAGUAGCCGUAGCUAUGUUGUUUGACGAAGCCUGCGCUGGGCCGCCUUGGGCUAAUGAUCUCCUGCUAAUGAUCUCCUGAACUCCUUAAGUACUGGUCGCGAAUAUGGAUUUCGACGAUAUUUUGGAUGUGAUUGGUCCGUUCGGGAAAUAUCAAAAACUCACUGUUUUCCUGGUGGUUCAAGCGGCCUUGUUUCCGUGUGGAUUUUUGACGUAUAAUGCCGUAUUUUUUGCUGCUGUUCCCGGUGAUUACUGGUGUAAGAUUCCCGCUCUGGAAAAUGCCACAGUAAACGUUACCACCAAACACUUUUGGCCGCCGGAUGAGCACAACGGGACCCUGCAAGGUCACAGCCGCUGCUUCAUGUACGACCUCAACUAUAGUGCAUUGUCGCUAUCAGACAUAAGCGAACUGACUAAUGGCAGUUUGUCUUCUCAUAAAACUGUUCCAUGUCAGUUCGGAUGGGAGUUUGAUCGUUCCGUUUUCCAAGAUACCAUCGUUACGGAGUAUUUAUUAAUAUGUGAUCGAAGCCUUCUGCAAGCUCUUUCCUUAGCCCUGGUAACAAUGGGUGGUGUGUUCGGUCCAUUGGUCUUUGGGUUUCUAGCGGAUCAUUUUGGACGCAAGAAAGGCUAUUUCAUUAUGAUCGCCUUCCAGUCAGUAUUUUCCGUUUUAACUUCCUUCUCUCACACCUUCGAACUGUAUUGCGUAUGCCGAUUUAUGGUGGGUUCGACGUUGUCUUUUUCCUAUACGCUUCCGUUGAUGCAGAGCAUCGAGAUUACCGGACGGGAUACGCGGGUGCUGAUAUCCACAGUUUGUUCGUUCGGUUACACGAUGAGCGUGGUGAUUGUUAUUGGUAUCGCCUAUUUUAUUCGAACGUGGCGUUUGCUGGCGCUCGUCACGGCAUGUCCCAUGUUGUUGAUUUUUGGACUUUGGUUUUUCUAUCCGGAAUCGCCCAGAUGGUUAUUGGCCAAAGGUCGUUACGACGAACUGGAGGCAUUGCUGAGGCACAUCGCCCGCGUCAAUGGCGUACAACUCACCCCGGAAUUCGAUGUCGCGUUGCCGAAAUUGCUGCGGGACAUCGAAUCCGAGGAGCAAUCUCAAAAAUAUUCGGCGGCGGAUUUGUUCCGGUCGCCCAACCUCAGGAAGAAGACGCUCAUUUUAAUUUUAAUUAAUUUUUGUAAUUUGGGAGUUUUCCUGGGACUGAAUUAUUAUGCGCCAGUAUUUGGCGAUGAUCCCCAUUUAAAUUCCUUCCUUACCGCUGUAAUUGAGCUACCCCCAUAUAUUUUUGCCACGUUCGUUUGUAAUAAAUUUGGACGGCGCCUCUGCUUAGUGAUCGGAAUGGGACUCGCGGCAGCUUCUUCUAUUUCCGCCGUGGGCGUGCCUGGUGACGUCACUGCGGCCAUUAUGGCACUAUCAUUAUCUACCAAAUUUUUUAUUACGCUGACAUUCCUGAUCGGCGAAUUACUGGAAGAUGAAAUCUUCCCGACGGUAGUUCGCGCCGAAGGUCAUUCCGUCACCAGCUUACUUGCUUCCAUUGCAGGAUGCUUGGCGCCUUUUAUCGUGCAUUUGGGAUACAGUUACGUCAUUCUCCCUCUGGCCGUAUUCGGUGGUCUGUGUGUAGUUGCCGGAUUCUUUGCACUUUUCUUGCCGGAAACGGCUUCGACAGAUUUACCACAAACAUUAAAAGAUGGAGAACGCAUAGGGAAAAACAUGUCGUGGGGUGAUGUGUUCAGUUUUCGAUUACCGACCACAAAGUAUUCCAUUCCGGCUGCAAGUAUGCAUGAUCCAGUCCAGCUGCACAACGCCAAAAUUAGAAAGAGGCGAGGACAGAAAGAAAGACGAGGUUUACUUCCAACUACAGCUACUUCUGUAUAAAGAUACACUCAAAUUUUAUUGUUAAAGUAAUUUUUUACUUUUCGUUGAAACGGUAAAUACUUUGCUGGAUGUAUUAAUUCUUUACGUACAAGAUCUUUCUCCAGCCGAAAACACGAGCGGUGUCGAUAUUGUAACUGUGGUACAAUAAUACAGUAUUAUUCAUUGUACAUACUUAUGUCGGCUGUUGUAA